AUGGUUACUGGGGACCCCCACGAGGACACGCCCCCCCGCACGGACCCCAACGUCCAGGAGGGUCACCUGGGGUCCAAGCGCCCCUCGGCCAUUCCGGCCACUUGCCUGUCCAGCGAGACGCCCCGGUCCCUGAGCCCCUCCCCGCUCUGGAGCCUGUCGGCCCCCCCAAGCGCCGCCGAACGGGCCUUCUUCGUGGCCACCCAGCCCGGGAUCGGCGUGUCGAGAGGCCCCUCCCCGGUGGUGCCGGGCUCCCAGGGGGGGCUCCCCGUGGCCGCCGCCUUCACCGAAUACGUCCACACCUUCUUCAAGGAACACGGGCCGGACAGCUGCCUGGUCAAGGUGACCGGGGAGAUGACCAUGUCCUUCCCGGCCGGGAUCCUGCGCGCCUUCAACGGCUGCCCUUCGGCCCCCGUCCUGAGCUUCCGCCUCCUCCGCACCGCGGCCAUUGACCACUUCCUGCCCAGCCCCGACCUCCUCUUCAGCGACCCCUCCCAGAGUGACCCCUCCAGCCGCGACUUCUGGCUCAACAUGGCUGCCUUGACCGCCCAGCUCCAGCGGCAGGCUGACCAGGCCCCGGGGGCCCCGUACUACAACGUCACCCUGCUCCGAUACCAGUUCUCGAAGCAGGGCCAGUCCUGGGCUCCCUUGCGGCUGGCGGUCAGCUGGGACUGCGACCCGGAGGCCACCCGCGUCUGCGUUGACUACGGCUACAACACGGCAGGGGCUUCGGCCGCCCCUCCGCCCGCGCUGACCAACGUCCAGGUGCUGCUGCCCAUCGAGGAGCCGGCCGACAAUGUCCGGCCGCAGCCCAAGGCUGCCUGGAACCCGGAGGAGAAGCGCUUGCAGUGGCACCUGGGGGACCUGCGCUCAGGCUCCGGCCGGCUGACGGCCACUUGGCGCCCCCUGGAGGUUCCCAGCCGCCCGGUCCCGGUGGCCGCCCAGUUCUCCAGCCAGGGCGGGUGCGUCUCGGGCGCCGGCGUGGAGCUGAUGGGCAGCGCCUUCCGCAUGUCCCUGGUCAAGAAGAGAUUCGCCACCGGGAUUUAUCUCGCCGGCUCUUAAGCAACGACGGACCCUUUUCUGGCUUGUUUUAUUUCAGUGUUAUUAUUAAUUAAUUUUAGAGAGAAUCUAUUUGUGUGUUUUUAAAUUAUUAUUAUUAUUGUCGAGGGAGGCGCGGGCGGAUGUCGUGAUGCUGGAAGAUCCGGGCGCCAAGUUUUAUUUUUCCAUUAUUUUUUGAGAAGGAAAGAAGGAAGGAAGGAAGGAAGGCAAAAAUAAUUUUUUUCUUCGUAAAUUAUAAUAAUGUGGCUCUUUUUUUUAAUAUUGAAAGAAAUAUAUUGUUUUUUUAUAAUUAAAACAAAAAGAACAUAAAAGCAAA